CCCCGCCCCCGCCGCUCGGACAGCCCGAGUCGCGCCCUCCCGCUCGGCGCCGCCGAACUUGCUCUAACUUCCUCGGCCAACCGGGCCGCGCUGCCGCCGCUGCUGCCGCGCCCGGGUCCUGCUUCUCAGAAGAUGCACUAUUAUAGAUACUCGAACGCCGAGGUCAGCUGCUGGUACAAGUACCUGCUCUUCAGCUACAAUAUCGUCUUUUGGUUGGCUGGAGUUGUCUUCCUUGGAGUCGGGCUGUGGGCAUGGAGCGAAAAGGGUGUGCUGUCCGACCUCACAAAGGUGACUCGGUUGCAUGGAAUCGACCCUGUGGUGCUGGUCUUGAUGGUGGGCGUGGUGAUGUUCACACUGGGAUUCGCAGGCUGUGUUGGGGCCCUACGGGAGAACAUCUGCCUGCUCAAGUUUUUCUGUGGGGCCAUUGUGCUCAUCUUCUUCCUGGAACUGGCCGUGGCUGUGCUGGCCUUUUUAUUCCAAGACUGGGUGAGGGAUCGGUUCCGGGAAUUCUUCGAGAGCAACAUCAGGUCCUAUCGGGAUGACAUUGACCUGCAGAACCUUAUUGACUCCCUUCAGAAAGCCAAUCAGUGCUGCGGGGCUUACGGCCCUGAAGACUGGGACCUCAAUGUCUACUUCAACUGCAGCGGUGCCAGCUACAGCCGAGAGAAAUGUGGGGUACCCUUCUCCUGCUGUGUGCCAGAUCCUGCACAAAAAGUCGUGAACACACAGUGUGGCUAUGAUGUCAGGAUUCAGCUGAAGAGCAAGUGGGAUGAGUUCAUCUUUACAAAAGGAUGCAUCCAGGCUCUGGAAGGCUGGCUGCCCAGGAACAUAUACAUUGUGGCUGGCGUCUUCAUUGCCAUCUCACUGUUGCAGAUCUUUGGCAUCUUCCUGGCGAGAACCCUGAUCUCAGACAUCGAGGCAGUGAAGGCAGGUCAUCACUUCUGAGAAGCAGAUGCAGCAAGUGGAGCUGAGCCACACGGAAGGGUCAAGCCUUUCACUGUCCAGCAGCAGCAGACGUCGAUGUUAGCCACCCACAACCAGACCCCUGUCUUUGGCAUCAGCGUGAUAUGACCUCUCAGUUUCUUCUUGCUGGUGCUGCAGAUCAAGGCCCCCUCUCAUCUGCCCACACUUGACAUGGCAUCUCUGAAGGGAUUUGCCCAGAGACAGAGAAUGUGUUUUUAUGUGGAGUAGUAACUCUGAGGACAGAUGGCUUCCACGGCUGCAGGAAAGGCUUGAUGACCUUUAUGGAGCCCAAGAGCAUCUUCAGGCCCCUACCUACUCAGUAAGGCUUAGGUACAUGCUCAGCUAUUAUCUUCUGUGGGUAUAACAUCAGUAUGGGACCAGCAUUGAGGACAAGGCUUCUGGCUCCAUUGGAUCAAGAAGGAUGGGAGGGAUAAGUGGUCCAGUGGUUCCCCCCUCAUGCCAACAGGGUUCAUGGUGGUGCAAACAUGCCAGGGUUUGCAGAAACCUCAGCCAUGUCCAAGUGAAGUAUGCCUGAGCCAGCCAUAAGCGGUCAUGGGGAGCACAUCACCACUGCCUUCCAAGCCUAUACUGCUCUCCCAGGGUAGAACAGCCUUGUUUCUCCAUAGCAUUAAGCCCUGCUGAGGGCCAGCUCUCCUGUUCCUAUAGUGUGUAAAUAGUUUAUUUAUAGGGGUAAGAGUGUUCCUUCACCAUGUCUUUAUAGCCUCUUCUGUCUGGCAUUCUUUUCUCAGCAGCCUUACCCAGUGUCUGGGACCAAGCUGUCCUUUUCAGUUCCCCAAAUGUCUCAAGAACCAGCUGUGACAGCUUCUCCCUCUGGUUCACAUUCCCUCCAUGCACCCCUGCUUGGCUUCACUGUCUUCUGGUCUCGGUGCUACUGAAAUGGCCACCAGAACUUGAAUCCUGAUUGACCCUUUCUUCCUCCCUAGUGCCCUGUAGGGAGCCCCAGUUCCUGAUCACCAGCUGGAAACUGGGUUCCUCUCAUGACCACAUACAGCUAGUGGCCCAAAGUGUGCUGUCCCUGGAGGGCAACACUCCUGCAGCCAGGCCCUGGCAAGCACAGACAGCAGGUGCUGUGAGGAAGCUCAGCGCGUCUUAUCUCUAACUUCCAUGGUGACCCCCCCCUCCCCCACCCACAUGCCGUGUUCACUGUCAGCACUGUUCUGAGGCUGCUCUUGAAAAUGAUGUCUAUGUUACGUACUGGAUACUCUGAGGCGUGCUGAGUGUCUGUCCACCUUGGGCUGAGCUACUCUCUAAUGCUUCUUUAUAGCUUGUAUCUGUCCUUACCGUUCAGGGAUUGAGUGCUACCUUCAGUUACUUACCGAAGUGUACAUUCUCGUGUGGUGUAUACUGGUGAUACUGGUGGGUGUGUGUUCAUGAUGAUGAUGAUGAUGAUGUUAUAAUUUUUUAAAUAAUUCUCUAUAGACUAGAGGAAGAAGAAUGCUUGUGUUUUUAGGAAGUGUGAAGCUUCUCUUUGACCUGCCAAACUCUUUUAUGGAAUAUAUCUUUAUAUUAAUGCUGUUGUUUGGGUCUUAUUUUUUUCCUUUCUGGUUUGGAAUCACUAUUAAAAAAAAAAAGCAUUAA